AUGGCUGUUGCUGAAAAGAUGCUGGAUAUGUGUGGUGAUCUCGAACAAGCCGUUCAGCUGUGGUUUGCCGACGAAGACUUGCAGCGGACUGUCAGCGCCGACACAGGUUCGUCCAUCGCCGCCGUUAGUGGCACGACGAGUCAACAUGGCCGUUUGAAUCGCUCGCGGAUCGGACGUGAAGAUGAACAUGGGGUUAUCCACAUCGACUCUGAUGAUGAUGCCCCAAUGACAGAAGUUGAUAGUGGCGACGACACAGCCGAGGCUGCCAACAUCGCGAGGAAGGCACAGGAGGAGGAGGACGCAGCGAUGGCGAAGCGUCUUCAGGAGGAACUGUACUCGGCUCAAGUAGUGGAAGACAAUGUGCGCGCCCCAAUUGCCCGCAGGACGGAGACGUUGAUUGGGCCCGACUAUGGGGAGGACGACCCUCAUUCUCUCAUGCUUGAGCAGUUUCGUCGCAGGCAGCAUCAAGCGCGCAUUCGCAACAAUAAUCCUUUCGCACAAUCACCUUGGGGAGACAACUAUAGUGGAUCGGGAUCUGCAUCGGGGGCUGAGAAUAGCAGAGCUUCGCGCUUGGCUGAGUUGUUCCGUCCUCCAUACGAGCUUAUUUCCCGUCUGAGUUGGGACGAGGCUCGCGAUACCGGCAAAGAGGAGAAAAAAUGGCUCUUAGUUAACCUCCAGGACAUGUCAGACUUCAACUGUCAGGCCUUGAAUCGCGAUAUCUGGAAGGACAAUGCGGUGAAGUCCUUGGUUCGGGAAAACUUCAUCUUUCUCCAAUACGAGAAGAAUGAUUUCGAAGCGGAGCGAUACAUCACCUACUACUUCCAGAACGAUGCCCACCAUAAUCCCAACAACUACCCUCAUGUGUCUAUUAUCGAUCCCCGUACAGGCGAGCAGGUCAAGGUUUGGAGCGGCAGACCGUUCCCAACCGCGCUUGAGUUCCAUUCGCAGUUGGUUGAAUUUCUCGACCGGUACAGCCUGGAUGUUUAUAGCAAGAACCCGGUUUCAAAGAUCAAGCGCUCCGAACGCACCGUGGAUCUUGACCGCAUGACAGAGGAGGAAAUGCUAGAGAUGGCUCUGAAGAACAGUCUUGAGCCGAACGGUGGAUCUGCCAACCGCUCUACAGUCAUUGAUCCCGACGCUCUCACCAAGUCCUCCAGCGAUCUCUCCAAUGCCAAGGGUAAGGAGAGGGCGACAUCCGAGAGCUCGUCUGAGCCUUCGACCCCUGAGUCAGAGGAGGAGCAACAGUCUCAACAGGCAUCGCCUUGGGCACGUAUCCCGUCAGACCGCCCUCACACGGAACCAUCCGCAGAUCCCAAGACGACGACCAGGAUACAGGUCAGGAACCCAGCUGGGCGCAUUAUCCGGCGGUUCCUCCUUGAUGAUCCUGUGUCUCGAAUCUACGAGUGGAUCAAAGCUGACCAGGCAAACCUCUUCCCUGGUAAAGAGGGUGUUGUGUUCGAGCUGAAGGCCAUGCCACAGGGCGUUGAUCUCAUCGAGAAAUUGAACGAGACCAUCAAGGAUGCAGGGCUCGCAAAUGGGACAGUGAUGCUAGAGUUUGUCGAGGAGGAAUAA